UUAAGCAUCACUAUUGUGGGCUUUGCAGUGAAUUGAUGAAGAAAAUGUUUUUCAAAUUAGUUUUGUUCUGGUUGUGUUUGUGGCGUCUGAUUCGAGUGAUUGCUGAUGAAGGAGAGGUGGAAGUUGCUGUGGAAAGAUCUGUCACUCUUAACUCUGGUCUUACUGAAAUGAUGGAUGAUAGUGUGAUUGAGUGGAGGUUUGGGAGUGAAAACACUUUAAUAGCUGAAAUCAAUAAGCGGGCCGACAGCAUGACUGUAUAUGAUGAUGUUCUUGAUGGGAGAUUCAGAGACAGAUUGAAGCUGGACAAUCAAACUGGAUCUCUGACCAUCACAGACAUCACAAUGAAACACGCUGGACAUUAUGAACUGCAGAUCAACGGUGUGAUCAAGACCUUUAAUCUUACUGUAAUCAGAGUGAAGUUCAUGUCAGGGAUAAAGGACAGUUCUGUCACUCUAAUCAAUGAUCUAACCGAAGUGAUGGAUGGUGAUCUGAUUCAGUGGAGAGUUGGACUUAAAGGACCUCUAAUUGCUGAAUUCAAUGUACUGGACAAAACCAGCAGUGUAUAUGAUGAUGGCUUUUAUGGGAAAUUCAAAGACAGACUAAAGCUGGACGGUCAAACUGGAUCUCUGACCAUCACAAACACCAGAUCCACAGACAGCAUUUUUGAACUCAAGAUCAACCGUAUGAAGACGUUUUUCCUUCUCAGUGUCUUCGUUAUGUAA